AUGAGGCGAAAAAUUAAAGAAUCUUUGGAUGAUAAAAUUAUUGAAGUCUCAGAAGUACAUGUGUUUGGAAAAUUUAACACAUUUAAAAUGAGAUUGAAAAAACUCAUAGAUAUUUUAGAAAUCACAUUAACUUAUUCAAUUUUACAUAGUUCAACUAUUGAAGGAAUUGCUACAUUUGCUCAGAAGUUUACCUCGUUUUAUGAAAAAAUUAGUUCUCAACCUUAUGAUCCACUAGACUUCAGAAAAGCAGAUUUUGAUCCUGCUUACAAUCAAUUUAAAAAUAAUGUUAUUGAAACAGAACUUGAGCUUAGAAAGUUUUUUUAUGAAUCUAUAUCUGACUUGCCGAAUAUACAACUAACUUUAGUCAUGUUACAGAGGUAUUUAGUCUUAAUAAUUAAAAUUUAUGAAAAGAAUUUAAUCUAUUUCAUAAUUUUAAGAUUUCAGAAGUUAAAUUUUAAACAUCUUUGGAUAGACCGGAAGUAUUUAGAAUUAUCGAAAAUGUUUGAGGAUGAAAUAGCGGAAGUCAGAGAUAAAUAUAAUGAAGACAGAUCGAAUCCUCCUUUACCAAGAAAUAUUCCACCUAUAUCCGGCAGAAUCUUAUGGAUACGACAACUCAUGAAACGAAUAGAAAUGCCAAUGGAUAUUUAUAAAACGCGUCCCCGAGUUAUUGCGCAUGAAAGAAUGCAUAAAUGUAUUAAGAUGUAUAAUGCUUUAGUUGCUGUAUUUAUUCAUUACGAAAUGUUGCAUCAUAAUGCAUGGUACAAAUCAACUGAAAUUGUGCGACUGGCAUUAACAGCUCCGUUACUUGUACGAAAUCCACAAACCAAUAAGUAUGUAAUAAAUUUUGAUCCUUACAUAAUAGAAGUAAUUCGAGAAUCAGAAUAUAUGUUAAAAUUUGGUUUGGAUGUACCUGAUUUUAUAAAAAUUUUAUUUACAAUAAAAGAUUUAGUAGAGGAAAAUAACAAUUUAAGACGAUCGAUUCCACCACUAUUUUUGAAGUUAAUGAAACCUUGUCUUAUAGAACUUGAAGCUGCUUUUCAGCCAUGUCUAUCUAUUAUAACAUGGACUUCGCUAAUGUUUGACGAUUCGUCUGAAAAUAUGACUGAGGAAGCUGUAAAAGAAAUAAUUAACUUGUUUGUUGAUUUAAUAAAAGAUCCGAGUAUUGAGAAGACAAAGUACGAUUGGUUGGACCCAACAAAAGUAAGCAAAGCUGUUACUUCUCAAUCAAACUUAAUGGAAGGACCUUUUGAACCCGUAAAAUGUACAAGAAAAACAUUGGAAUUGAUGAAGAAAAUGGUUGGUUCAUCCAGUAUACUAUUUAAGAAAGUUUCGAUGUUAGAAACGGAAAAACCUUUGAUGCAAACAGAUUUUGUACUUCAAAUACCAAAUAUAAUAAUUGUUCCAUCUCUCGAUGAAUUGCAAAAUGAUUUUAAUCGAGUUAUGAAUAGUUUGUUUGAAGUUCAUAAAUAUGUGACUAUGUGGGGUCAACAAUACGAUAAAAAAUCUACAGCUGAUGUUCAACAAUUGGCGAAUUAUUAUGAGUAUAUUUCUGAUCAUAAAGAAAUAUUGCGAACUUCAAUGAGUUUACGAGGAGCAAUGCUCGUUUUGAAAGGUGACAUUUCGAAAGUUGGAAACAACCUCCCUGAGUAUUAUAUUAUUGGAUCUCUUCGUAUUAAUAUGGACAAGCUAAAAUUGGCACUUACAGUUGAAGCAAAAUCAUGGAAAACAACAUUAGGUUUAAUUUUAUCUAGUAUUUAUAAAGAGAAAUUAAAAAAGAUUUCAGAGUAUAUUGUGAAUAAGAAUAAGCCAUUAAUACGAGUUAUUAAGGAUUUGGAAGAUGUACGAGUUGCUAUGAAAUGUCUGUCGGAACUUCGAGAAGAUUUCAUAUCAAUGGAUCAAGAGUUAAUUCAUACCGAAGAAGUUUAUACACUUCUGGCGACAUUUGAAAUUGAAAUUUCUAAGGAAGAGCAGGAUAUCGUUAAUAGUUUUCGUUAUAAUUUUACUAACAUGCUUCAAAUGGCAAAAGGAGUUCAAGAUAAAAUCUGUAAAAUGCAAGAGCCAUUAAAAUAUGAACUUGUUCAUGGAAUGGCUAUUCUUAAAAAUGAAAUUCUGGAAUUUGACAAAGAUUUUGAUAUAAAAGGACCGUUGAUUGUUGGAAUCUCGGCGAAAGAAGCCAGUGAAAGAGUACUCUUUUUCCAAGCAUGGUUUACUGAUUUGGCAGAAAGAUUUGAAACUUACAGUAGUGGAGAAAGUUUGUUUGGCCUUGAAAGUACUGACUAUCCAAUACUAAAUAAGCGUAAAAGAGAGCUUAAUCUAUUACAAAAGUUAUAUUCAUUAUAUUUACAAGUUACGCGAUCUAUAGAUGGUUAUUUUGAAAUUCCUUGGUCAGAAAUCGAUACAGAUGUGAUUAAUACAGAGCUUACUGACUUUCAGAACAGAUGUCGAAGAUUACCGAGAGCCUUAAGGGAAUGGCCAGCAUACAUUGAGUUAAAAAAAAAAAUAGAUGAUUUUAAUCAAACGUGUCCACUUUUGGAACUGAUGGCUAAUAAAGCCAUGAAAGAACGACAUUGGAAGAGAAUGUCCGAAUUAUGCGAUUAUGUAUUUGAUAUCGAGUCGGAAACUUUUAAUUUAGCCAUUGUUAUGAAAGCUCCUUUAUUGGAAAACAAAGACGAUGUUGAGGAUAUUUGUAUAAGUGCAAUUAAAGAGAAGGAUAUUGAAAGUAAACUUAAGCAAGUAAUUGCUGAUUGGUCUAUAGUAAAUUUGGAAUUUUCUAAUUUUAAACAAAGAGGCGAACUUUUAUUGAAAGGUACAGAAACUCAAGAGAUAAUUUCUCAAUUGGAAGAUAGCUUAAUGGUUAUAAGCUCAUUAUUAGCUAAUCGAUACAAUGCACCAUUUAAAAAUGACAUUCAAAUUUGGCAGUAUAAGCUAAAUAAUACUUCUGAAAUAUUAGCCAAAUGGUUAAUUGUACAAAAUCUUUGGGCUUAUCUCGAAGCAGUUUUUAUUGGUGGCGAUAUAUCUAAACAAUUACCUACAGAAGCAAAGCGAUUUAAUGGUAUUGAUAAAUCGUGGACAAAAUUAAUGUAUCGUGCUCGUGAGAAAGUUAAUGCCGUUGAGACAUGUACAAGUGAUGAAACUAUGGGCCAAUUUCUCCCACAUUUAUUGGAGCAACUUGAAUCGUGCCAGAAAUCGCUUAGCGGGUAUCUUGAAACGAAAAGAGCGAUAUUUCCAAGAUUUUGUUUUAUCUCGGAUCCAAGCUUAUUAGAAAUAUUAGGCCAAGCUGCAGAUUCUCAUACAAUUAUUUCUUAUUUAGAUGGAUUCUUUGAUAAUAUUGAUACGAUGGAUUUCUCCGAGAAAGAAUAUGAUAAAAUUUUGUCGAUAUAUUCACGUGAAAAAGAAAAGAUUGUUCUGGAAGUCCCCGUAGUUUGCACCGGAAGUGUUGAAAAUUGGUUGAAAUCUCUUUUAAACAUGCAUUGUCAAUCCCUUGGGUCUGUUAUUGCUCAAGGCUUACAAAUUCUAACACAGCCAGAUACAGAUUUGUUAACAUUAAUUGAUAAUUCCAUACUCCAAGUUGGUUUGUUAGCAAUGCAAGUUCUAUGGACUACUCAAUCAGAGCAAGCAAUAAAACUUUCUCUGAAAGAUAGAACUAUAAUGAAAAAGACAAAUCAGUGGUUUCUUGAUCUGUUGAAUAGACUUAUCGAAGUUACGAUUAAAGAUUUAACAAAAUACGAAAGACAAAAAUAUGAAGCUUUAAUCACCAUUCAUGUUCACCAAAAAGAUAUUUUUGACGAUUUAUGCCGAUUUAGAAUAAAAAAUUUGCAAGAUUUUGAAUGGUUAAAACAAGCUCGCUUUUAUUAUGAUGAAGACUUAGAAAAUGUACCAAUUAAAAUUACCGACGUUACGAUUCUUUACCAAAAUGAAUUCUUAGGUUGUACGGAUCGUCUCGUCGUUACGCCAUUGACUGACAGAUGUUACAUAACAUUAGCACAAGCAGUUGGUAUGAAUUUUGGUGGUGCUCCGGCUGGACCCGCUGGUACAGGAAAAACAGAAACUGUCAAAGAUAUGGGAAAAGCUUUAGGCAAAUAUGUCGUUGUAUUUAAUUGUUCCGAUCAAAUGGAUUUUAGAGGAUUAGGAAGAAUUUUUAAGGGUUUAGCACAAUCUGGAACCUGGGGAUGUUUUGAUGAAUUUAAUCGAAUUGAAUUACCUGUUCUUUCUGUUGCAGCUCAACAGAUUGCAAUUAUUUUAAAUGCAAAAAAAGAUAAAAAAACUAAUUUUUUAUUCAGCGAUGGUGAAACAUAUUCUAUCGAUUAUGAAUUUGGUCUAUUUAUUACUAUGAAUCCUGGAUAUGCUGGUCGACAAGAAUUACCUGAGAAUUUAAAAAUAAUGUUUCGAAGUGUAGCUAUGAUGGUUCCUGACAGACAAAUUAUUAUGCGUGUGAAGUUAGCAGCUUGUGGUUUUAAAGAGAAUAUAAUAUUAUCACGAAAAUUUUUCACACUCUAUAAGCUUUGCGAAGAACAAUUGAGUAAACAAGUUCAUUAUGAUUUUGGUUUAAGAAAUAUAUUAUCUUGUUUAAGAACUCUCGGUGCUCAAAAAAGGGCUCAUCCAGAUGAUUCUGAAGAAACAAGUUUAAUGAGAGUAUUAAGAGAUAUGAAUUUAUCAAAGUUAGUUGACGAAGAUGAGCCUUUAUUCUUUUCUCUUAUUGAUGAUAUGUUUCCCGGGGUUAAAUUAACAACUCAGACCUACAAGAACUUGCAAAAAAGUAUUUCUCAUGCUACCGAGGCUCUUGGCCUUAUAAAUCAUCCUGAAUGGAAUUUAAAAAUAAUUCAAUUAUAUGAAACUUCUCUUGUGCGACAUGGUUUAAUGGUUAUGGGACCCACUGGGUCUGGUAAAACCCGAUGCAUAUGGACUCUUAUGAAAGCACUGACUGAAUUAGGAAGUCCGCAUAAAGAAGUCCGUAUGAAUCCUAAGGCUAUAACAGCGCCAGAAAUGUUUGGUCGACUUGAUGCAACUACAAAUGAUUGGACAGAUGGAAUCUUCUCAACUUUGUGGCGGAGAUCGGCAUUAAUAAAAAAAAACGAAAAUUUAUGGAUUGUUUUAGAUGGUCCAGUUGAUGCUGUAUGGAUAGAAAAUUUGAAUUCUGUAUUAGAUGAUAAUAAAACGCUUACCUUAGCUAAUGGCGAUCGAAUGGUUAUGGCAUCAAAUUGUAAGCUUGUUUUUGAACCCGAUAAUAUUGAUAAUGCUUCACCCGCAACAGUCUCACGUAUGGGAAUGGUAUAUUUUAGUGCUUCUGUGUUGAAGUGGAAACCUAUUCUCGAGGCGUGGUUUUUGGGAAGGCGAAAUAAUGAAGUAUUACUCCUCCGAGAAUUAUUUAAUAAAAUUUAUGAUGAUGCGUAUCAAUUUGUGCAAUCUAAACUGGUGACAAAAAUGGUGCUUUUAGAGUCAAUGUAUAUAAAACAAUGCAUUGACAUAUUACAGGGAUUAUUUUUAAGCGAUGAAGCUAGUGAAAAAUUUUUCUUAUUUUCUAUGAUGUGGAGCCUUGGUGCAGUUCUUGAACAAGAUGAGCGUAUAGCUUUUCAAGAGUAUUUAUUACAACAUCCUUCGAAACUUAAUUGGCCCAAAUGCAAAAAUGAUGAAACAAUUUUUGAGUAUCUUGUAUCAAAGUUUGGAAAUUGGAUGCAUUGGAAUGAAAGAGUAGAAGUUUUUAAUUAUCCUAACGACAAAAUUCUAGAUUAUUAUACAAUUUUAGUGCCUAAUAUUGACAAUACAAGAAUGUUAUAUCUUAUCGAAUUAAUUGCAAAACAAGAUAAAGCUAUUUUAUUGAUCGGUGAACCGGGUACUGCAAAAACAGUUAUGAUAAAAAGCUUUAUGUCUAAAUAUGAUCCUGAGUUACAUCUAAAUAAAUCAUUUAAUUUUUCUUCUGCCUCCACACCAAACAUGGUUCAACGAAUUUUUGAGAGCUACGUUGAAAAGCGUGUAGGAAACACUUAUGGUCCACCAAAUGGUAGAAAAAUGACUGUUUUUAUUGACGAUAUAAGUAUGCCCGUAAUAAACGAAUGGGGUGAUCAAGUUACAAACGAGAUAGUGCGACAAAUUAUGGAAUACAAAGGAUUUUAUUCUUUAGAAAAACCAGGUGAUUUUGUAUUUCUACAAGACUUACUAAUACUCGCUGCAAUGAUUCAUCCUGGUGGUGGAAGAAAUGAUAUUCCUCCGAGAUUAAAAAGACAAUUUAAUAUAUUUAAUUGUACGCUACCUUCUGACAAAUCAAUGGAUACAAUUUUCAGAGCGAUUGGAGAAGGAUACUUUUGUCUGGAAAGAUUCCCUCCUUAUAUUGUAGAAUUUCUGCCAAAAUUAAUUCCUUUGACACGAACUAUAUGGCAACGCACGAAAAUAAAACUUUUACCAACUCCAGCAAAAUUCCAUUAUGUAUUUAAUUUACGAGACCUGUCACGUAUAUGGGAAGGAAUAUUAAAUAUUAAAAGGGAUGAGUGUGAUUCUAUCAAAAUAUUAUUAAAACUUUGGGAACAUGAAUGCACUAGAGCAAUUUCUGAUAGAUUUAUUGAAAUUAAUGAUACUACGUGGUUUAAAAAUAUGUUGCUUCAAACUGUUCGGGAAUUACUUGGUCCAGAUUUAAAAUACUACGAUCCAACGGAAACAUAUUUUGUGAACUUUCUACGUGAGCCCCCUGAACCUACUGGCGAUGAACCAGACGAUUUCGUAUUUGAAGCACCAAAAAUUUAUGAAGAAAUUCCAAGUUAUGAUAUUGUUAUUGCAAGAGUGAAGUCAUUUAUGGAACUGUUUAACGAAUGGAUUCGUGGAAUUACACUUGAUUUGGUAUUUUUUCACGAUGCUUUGGUACAUUUAAUACGAAUAUCUAGAAUUCUUGGGAUACCAAGAGGAAAUGCGAUGUUGGUCGGUAUUGGAGGAUCUGGCAAACAAUCCUUAACUCGACUUGCUUCUUUUAUAGCAGGUUAUAGCUUCUUUCAAAUAGUUUUAACCAGAUCUUAUAAUGUACAAAACCUAACAGAAGAUUUACGUAAUAUUUAUCGAAUCGCUGGGACAGGAUCUAAAGGACUUACUUUUAUUUUUACUGACAAUGAAAUAAAGGAAGAAAGCUUUCUUGAAUUUAUUAAUAAUAUUUUAAGCGUUGGUGAAGUAGCAAAUUUGUUUCCAAAAGAUGAACUUGAUGAGAUUCUUUCUAAUAUUGUACCUUUGAUGAAGAAAUUUGAUCCAAAAAGAAUACCUUCACAAGAUAAUUUAUACGAAUUUUUUAUAUCACGUGCACGAAAUAAUUUGCACAUUGUUCUAUGCUUUUCACCGAUAGGCGAAAAAUUCCGAUAUAGAGCAUUAAAAUUUCCUGGUUUAAUAUCUGGUUGCACGGUAAAUUGGUUUUUCCGAUGGCCUAAAGAUGCAUUAUAUGCAGUUAGUGCUUAUUUUAUGAAUUCAUAUAAUUUCGUCUGCACAAAUGAGGUUAAAAAUAAUUUAAUACAAAUAAUGGGUGAUGUGCAGGAUAAUGUGAGUGAUGAAUGUAUUAACUAUUAUAAUAGAUUUCGGCGACAGUGUUACGUAACGCCGAAAUCUUUUUUGACUUUUAUUGAAGCUUAUAAAUUACUUUACGAGGAAAAUUUGAAGAACAUUAAUGUUUUGGCAUACCGCAUGAGUAAUGGUUUAAAUAAGUUAGUAGAUGCUGCUGCGCAAGUUGAUGAUUUACGAAAAGUUUUGGUUAAAAACCAAGAAAAUAUUGCCAUAAAAAACGUACAAAUUGAAGCUAUUUUAGUGACGGUUAAUCAGAAAAAAGAAGAAGCGGAAACUGUAAAAUCUCAAGUGCAAGUAACAAAAGAUGAAGCCGAGAAUUUGUUAAAAAUAAUUUCAAGUGAAAAAGCGGCAGCCGAAAAGAAACUUUUAGCUGCCGAACCAGCCCUUUUAGAGGCCGAAGCUGCCUUGCUAACGAUUAAAGCCACUGAUAUUUCAACGGUACGAAAAUUAGCGAAGCCACCGUAUUUGAUAACCUUAAUUAUGGAUUGUGUUCUUAUUUUAUUUGGAAAAAAAUUAGAUCCUGUCGUACCCGAUCCUGGAAAACGUUUUCUUGUAUCUUCUUGGACUGAAGCUCUAAAAGUUUUGGCUGAUAAUAGAUUUCUUUUUAAUUUACAAAAUUUUCCAAAAGACAAUAUUAAUGCAGAAACCGUUGACUUAAUGAUGCCUUACUUGAAUUAUCAUCUAUAUAAUUAUGAAGCUGCAAAAUCAGCUUGCGGUAAUGUUGCUGGUUUGAUACAGUGGACUAUAUCUAUGAUUACAUUUUAUGACAUUAAUAAGGAUGUUCUUCCUUUGAAAGCAAAUUUAGCAGUACAACAAGGAAAGCACGAUGCGGCAAAUCGAAAUUUAGAAGUAGCUGAGAUGCUUUUGAAGGCCAAAGACGAAGACUUGAGACAAGUUCAAUAUGAAUUCGAUGCAAUUAUGGAUGAACGACAGAAAAUAAUCGAUUUAGCUGAUUUGUGCCAAAAAAAAAUGGAUACAGCCAAAGCAAUGAUCGAUGGAUUAUCAGAGGAACGAUCACGUUGGACGGGUCAGCUUGCAUUAUUCCAAUCUGAGAUCGAGCGACUAGUUGGCGAUGUUCUCAUAUUAACUGGAUUUUUAUCAUACUGCGGUCCUUUUAAUCAACAAUUCCGCAUACACUUACAGAAAAUGUGGGAGGAAUUUAUUAAAGAACGAAAAAUACCUGUGUCGCAAAAUAUUAACAUUAUUAAUUCCUUAUCUGAUACAGCAACGAUUGGAGAAUGGAGUUUACAAGAAUUACCAAAUGAUGAGCUUUCCAUUCAAAAUGCAAUAAUUGUAACAAAAGGUUCGCGAUAUCCUUUACUCAUUGAUCCUCAAUUACAAGGAAAAACUUGGGUAAUUAAUAAAGAGAAACAGUUUGAUUUGCAGUUGACAUUACUCACGCAUAAAUACUUCCGAAAUCACUUAGAAGAUAGCGUUUCUAUCGGUCGUCCUUUAUUAAUUCAGGAUGUUGGUGAAGAAUUAGAUCCUGUACUCGAUAAUUUACUAGAAAAAAAUUUUAUAAAAAUUGGUACAUCAUUGAAGGUUGUACUUGGAGAUAAAGAAGUUGAUAUUCAUAAAGACUUUCGAAUUUAUAUAACGUCGAAAUUACCAAAUCCGUCAUACCCACCUGAGGUUUUUGCUCGAACUUCGAUUAUAGACUUUACAGUAACUGUAAAAGGUUUAGAAGAUCAACUUUUAGGAAGAGUAAUUUUAAAAGAAAAGAACGAACUUGAGGCUGAAAGGACUCAACUAAUUGUAGAUGUUACAUUAAAUAGAAGAAAAAUAAAAGAUCUAGAAACAAAUCUGCUUCACAAAUUAACUACAGUUGAAGGUCCUUUAAUCGAAGAUAUAGAACUGAUGUCUGUAUUAAAUAAUACUAAGAAAACAGCCGCUGAAGUAAAUGAGAAAUUAAUUACUGCAAAAGAUACAGAAAUUAAAAUUAAUACAACUCGGGAAGAGUUUCGGCCUGUUGCAACGCGUGGCAGUGUCUUAUACUUUUUAAUUUGUGAUAUGGCAGCUGUUAAUUGCAUGUAUCAAACUUCUCUUCUUCAAUUCCUAGAUAGAUUUGACAUUUCGCUAGAAAAAUCAGAUAAAAGUCCAUUAAAUCAAAGACGAAUUAAUAAUAUUAUCGAAUACUUAACUUAUGAAAUAUAUAGAUACAAGGCUCGUGGUCUUUAUGAAGUUCAUAAAUUUAUGUUUAUUCUUCUUAUGACCUUGAAAAUUGAUUUGCAACGCGGUACUAUUUCACACAAAGAAUUUCAGUAUUUUUUAAAAGGCGGGGCAGCUCUAGAUUUAAAUGAUGUUGAACAAAAACCUCCUCAUAUCAAAUGGAUCACUGACAUUGUAUGGCUAAAUCUUGUGGCCUUGUCAUCUCAUACAAAAUUUCAGAACAUAUUGACUCAAGUUACAAGCUCUGAAAAAUUAUGGAAAAGUUGGUUUGAAAAGGAGGCACCAGAAGAAGAAAUAAUUCCAGAUGGUUAUAAUACUUUUGAUUCAUUUCGUCGUUUAUUACUGAUAAGGGCAUGGUGCAUGGACAGAGCUCUUUCGCAAUCGAAAAAGUAUAUAGCAAAUUCUCUCGGACAAAGGUAUGCGGAACCAAUAAUCGUCCUUUUGGAUGUAGUAUAUACAGAGUCAAAAACAAAUACACCAAUGAUUGGUCUUUUAAGUAUGGGCUCUGACCCAACACCAAAUAUAGAGCAAUUAGCUAAAAAAACGGAAAUAAUAUGUAAAACUAUCUCUAUGGGGCAAGGUCAGGAAGUUCAUGCAAGGAAAUUAAUAAACGACGCUCGAGUCGCUGGAUUUUGGGUACUUUGCCAAAAUUGUCAUUUAGGCUUGAAUUAUAUGAUAGAACUUGUAAAUUACUUUUUGGAAAUGACCGAAACCCAUCCACACUUUCGGGUGUGGAUCACAACCGAACCACACAAGGACUUUCCUAUAUCAUUGCUUCAAAUGUCUCUAAAGUUCACGUUUGAACCUCCUCAAGGUAUCAAAGCAGGACUACUUUCUACGUAUAGUAACAUGAAUCAAGAGAUGCUCGAUCAAUGCGAUUCCUCGCAAUAUAUUCCAUUAAUUUAUACAAUAUCAUUUAUGCACACUGUUGUUCAAGAACGACGAAAAUUUGGACCUCUCGGUUGGAAUAUUCCAUACGAAUUCAAUUCUUCUGAUUGGCUCGCUUCCUGCUUAUUUAUUAAUAAUCAUCUAAAUGAUUACGAUUCAAAGAUUGGAAUUAGUUGGCAAACCAUUCGUUAUAUGAUAGGUGAAGUUCAAUAUGGAGGACGUGUAACUGAUGAUUACGAUAAAAGGCUUUUAAAUACAUUUGCGAAAGUUUGGUUACAAGAAUCAAUAUUCGACAGUAACUUCAUAUUCUACAAAUCUUAUCCAAUAUUUAAUUAUAAACAAAUUAGCAAUUAUAUAUUAAAAAUACAAGAGCUGCCACCGACUGAUCCUCCUCAAGCUUAUGGACUCCAUUCCAAUGCAGAUAUUACAUAUCAGAGUAAUACAACUCAACUUAUUCUCGAUACAAUUAUAUUUGUUCAGCCGAAAGAAUCUGGAAGCGGUGGGGGUGAGUCGAGAGAAAUUGUAGUUUCAAAACAGGCAAAUGAAAUGUUAGAAAAAUUGCCACCUUCUUAUGAUCCAUUUGUAGUGAAGGAAAGAUUGCAAAUUAUGGGUAAUACAGCUCCAAUGAAUAUAUUUUUGAAACAAGAAAUUGAUCGAAUUCAAAUAGUUAUUGAUAUUGUACGAUUUACUUUAGAAAAUCUACUUCUUGCUAUUAAAGGAAUUAUUAUUAUGAAUGAGCAAUUACGAGAUGCAUUUGAUAAUUUUUAUGAUGCACGAAUUCCAGAAUUGUGGAAAGCUAAGUCAUGGCAAUCUGCAACACUUGGAUUUUGGUUUACAGAAUUGAUCGAACGGAACCAACAACUUUUUGAAUGGUUAUUUAAUGGAAGACCCCCUAAAUUUUGGAUGACUGGAUUCUUUAAUCCACAAGGAUUUUUAACUGCAAUGCGACAAGAAGUGACUCGUAUGCACAAAGGAUGGGCGUUAGAUAAUGUGACACUUCAUAAUGACGUUUUAAGAUUAGUUCAUGAGGAUAUAAAAACUCCUCCCAAUGAGGGAGUUUAUAUUUAUGGACUUUAUUUGGAAGGUGCUGGUUGGAAUAGAAAACAUAAUCGACUUUGCGAAUCAACUAAUAAAGUACUUUACGUUGUUAUGCCAGUGAUCCACAUUUAUGCACUUUAUAAUAUAACUGAUAAAAGUUCUAAAUUAUAUAAUUGCCCAGUUUAUACGAAACCUGUAAGGACAUAUAAUCACUUGGUAACUCCACUUUGGCUUCAAACUGAAAAACCGCCAGAUUUCUGGGUGCUUCGCGGAGUUGCAUUACUUUGCGAUAUUAAAUGA